AGUAUGUAUGCUUGUACGUGUGCCCUAUUUUAGCCGCACCAGUAUUCGCCAGGUCAGUCGCGCUGAACCUUAGGAACGUUGCUGCACUACGGUGGCCGUUGUAGUGCGCGACUGUCGAUGGCCCGGUCGUAUUGUCACGGAGCGAUUUUCCAGUGUACCGAGUUUUUCCGGCAUUAAGGAUCCUACUUUCCGUGUGUCUGUGUGUGUCAAACGGAGAUCAGUCAGCGAGUCAACUAACGUGACGGCGGGGGCCAAUGGCCAACAUCCGCCUUCGGGAGCUUCCUUCGCCGAUGCUGUCCACUAGUCACGAAUUUAAUAACAUCCCAUCUCGGCGAAGGUUUUGGCCGACUUCUUCUACUCCUUUUUCUCUCUGGUGGUCGUUGCCGCUGUUGGACAGUGUUCUUGUUGUUCCUGUUGGUGGACGGUGCCUCUGCGUUCUUGUGUGUAGUAAAAUCGAAGGAGAAAAAAUAUAAUCAACGCACCAUCCAAAAAAACAUAAACCGCCGCUCUGUAACCAACUGGGGCCGGUGUUGUUGGUGCGCAUAAAUUGAUUCUAUUUUUAUAUGCAUACUGUUUGGCUAUUUGUUGCUGUUGUUGCUGUUUUUCUCACAAACUCACGACCGCUCUCGGCCGACCACCCGCCCGCUCGUUUCCGGAGCCGUGUCCGGGUGCGCCGUUCUUCCAGUGGACCGUAACCGUGCAUCAAGUAUCGUGCCCCGGACUCACUCGGACCGAGCGCUGAUUCGUGCUCCGGACAUGGUCCAGCCGGGAGUUUCGGUCGGCGGCUAAUCGGCCCUCUGUGUUCAGUAUUACGCGUACGCGUUGCCUAAUUUCUGACCGGUGUAGCUUAGCCCCAAACUCCAGGUCGGUCCGGUGGUGCAGGCGGCAUGGACGCGGGGUUGUUGUUAAGAAUGUGUGCUGCGGUUCGAACAACAAUCAUCGGCAACACCACCGUCGCUGUACUACUACGUUCGGACGCUGUGGCCAGAACGGGGUGGAUUUUGAAGUGGCUAGAAUCUUCGGCUUGAAUCGAGCAGGGCCCGAGAUUUUGCGAACCGGGCUGAGUAAGUGGACGUUUCUCGGAAGGAAGACAUCUGUUGUUCGUUUAUCUUGGAGCGUCGGAAAAAGCGGAACUAGUCGAUUGUCUUUGUUUGCGAUCAAAUUGUGCUUGUUCGUCCUGGGGUUUCGCUGUUGCAGAAUGUGCCAUUAGCAAGUGCCAGGUAUCGCCCGCUUGCAUAGGCAUAUGAGCCGUGUACGAUGGAUCUAUUGGGCGAUGGCGAAAGUGAUGCGAGGCACCAUUUUGCAGAUUAUCAUCGCCAUUACGAGUAUAACAUCAGCAACAGCAACGGAUCAAGCGAUGCCAUCCCGCUCUACACCGGAUAUCCACGGGCACUGCUCAACAUCGCAACGGUGACGUGCAUCGCGUACAUGGUCGUCGGCGUUCCAGGCAACCUGCUGACAAUAGUGGCCUUGAUCAAGAGUAAGAAGACACGCAACGCAACGGCCGUUUUCAUCAUGAAUUUAUCGUUCUCUGAUUUGCUGUUCUGCUGCUUCAACCUGCCACUGGCCGCGAGCACCUUCUGGCACCAGGCCUGGCUGUACGGUGAUGUUUUCUGCCGGCUGCUACCGAUGAUGCGGUACGGGUUGCUGGCCGUCUCGCUGUUUACCAUACUGGCCAUCACAAUCAAUCGCUAUAUUAUGAUCGGCCAUCAGCGGCUGUAUCAAAGAAUAUAUCGUACGAAAAACCUGUGUCUGAUGGUAGCUUUUACAUGGAUUCUGGGCUUUGGCUCACUUCUUCCGACGUGGCACGAGAAAUGGGGAAAGUUCGGCCUGGACAUUGCCAUCCACUCGUGCUCCAUACUGCCCGACAGUCAACGCCAUUCCCCGAAACAGUUCCUGUUUUUCAUAGCAUUCGCCUUACCCUGUCUGGCGAUCAUUGUUUGCUACGCACGAAUAUUCUACAUCGUACGAUCGACUGCUCUGCGCACCAAAGAUCUGUCGAGUGACAAUCUGGACGACAACAGCAUGGAGGACGUGUCAAGUGCAGUUAGCCAUCAGCCGCAACAGCAGCAGCAGCAGCAACAUCCAGGGCAGUAUAUGGGCUCUUCUGCUACGAUCACUCCCGAAAAGGAACUUCCGAAGGAUGAUCGCCCAUUUCCACCGCCAUUGUCGUACAUCAAUUUCAGCCAGCACUCCGACUGGCACUACAUCGAUUCGAGCACGGAGAAUGAAAUAUUCUGCAGUACAUCAUCGACAGAGGAUAUAUCUCGCCGGGCAGCCACUUUGAACGCGAAGCUAGAUAACAACAUUAUCGAUCACUGUGAUUGUAGUGCUACUAGGAUACCACCUCAGCCUGGUGAAGGAUAUCUGGAGCACAGUGGUAACGUGAAACCUCGCAAUCAACGGUACGCUACCGCAUCGGGACCGGGCGUGAGGCGCAAUGCAAGCAAUGUUAAUGCGCGAAAGCGUAAGAAGCACCUCAACACGUCCGGUGCGUCGAUAAUGAGUGCGGGCAAGAUGUCCGCCAAGGAUCGGAAGCUGCUGCAGAUGAUACUGGUGAUUUUUCUGGCCUUUCUCGUGUGCUAUCUACCGAUCACGGUGGUGAAGCUGUUCCGUCCCAGCAUGCAGGUGCUGAAUGUGGUGUCGUAUCUGCUGAUCUAUCUGACCACCUGCAUCAAUCCCAUCAUCUACGUGGUAAUGUCCCGCGAGUAUCGCCAAGCGUACUCGGACCUAGUGCUCUGUCGCACGUACGAAAUGGCGAAGAGUAAAUGCAAACAGCACAAAGCGGCCAACGUGUUGCGGUUCGCGUCGAAAUGUUAACAAUAUGGAGGAGGGGUAGAAAGAAGGAUCGAAAAAAAAAACGCUAGUCUUUGUAUCUGUGUUCUAGGUGUAGUAGUAUCGUAACGUACAGUUGGUUUGCUGUUUUUCAUUAGUAGACAACGUGGAACGACAUCAGGAUCACGCAUUUAGAGGCGGCUUCGCGAGUAGUAAAUUACUUUCUUGUUCUGAGUUC